CGGACUGGACUCUCAACGCUUUUGGCUUGGGCGCGGCGGGCUUUCUUCCCCACCGCGACGCGCGACCACGAGCUCCCACCAACCGCUCCACCCGCUGCCGCUAAGGCUCAGGAGUAACGCACACUCCACUCGCCGACCGACCGACACCCGAGACCCCCGCGCCGGAGCGCCUCGAGCCCCCUUCGAUUUCCCCGGCCGAUCGCGACUCCCCACCCCACCGCGACACCGAUCCCCCGCCCUCCUCCCUCCUCUCCCCGCCCCGCUGUCUGUCGGCGCCCACACCAGCUGAGAACCCAACCACCCCAAAUCUCGCGCUCCCCAAAUCCCCAACCGAAGCACCUUUCACUCCACUCCACCCCCAGAUCCACCACCUCCUUCUCCUUCGCCGAGAUGCUCGUCCAGGGCCGCGUGUUCCCGGACGACGCGCCCGGGAACAACAACAACAAUAAGUCGGCCGCGCCCACGUCCCCGCGGGGCGCGCCGGGGGCGAACCGGCGCCACCCGCGGCCGUUCGCCAAGAGCCUCGACUUCGGCAGCUGGGCCUCGGAACACUCCUCCAAGCUGCUGCUCCUCCUCUUCGCGGUCGCCUCCGUCGCCGCCGUCUUCCUCCUCCGCGGCGCCGGUCCGGACGCCGCCGCCCUCCUCUGCCUCGACCGCUCCUCCCACUCCAACAACGGCGCCCCCGCCAGGCUCCCCUACCCGGACGUCCCAUGGUCGAAGAUCCCGCCGCUCGCGGUCGCCUCGGCGGUCCCGUUCGCGUCGUUCCGCGCCGAGAGGUGGAUCGUCGUCUCCGUCUCGUCCGCGCCCACCGCCGCGCUCGCCGCGCUCACGCGCGUCAAGGGAUGGCAGCUCCUCGUCGUCGGCAACUCCCACACGCCCUCCGGGUGGGAGCUCAAGGGGGCCAUCUUCCUCUCCCUCGAGCUGCAGGCGCAGCUCGGCUAUCGUUCGGUCGACUUCCUGCCUUACGCGUCCCACGUCCGUAAGACGGCCGGCUACCUCUUCGCCAUCCAGCACGGGGCCAAGGUGGUCUUUGACGCCGAUGACCGCGCAGAGGUGCCGGGGAAUGAUCUGGGGAAGCAUUUCGAUGUUGAUCUGGGAUCUGGCGUCGCCAACCACCCCGUGCUGCUCCAAUACAGCCACGCUGAUCCGAACCGGACGGUGGUGAACCCCUAUGUGCACUUUGGCCAGCGGUCGGUGUGGCCACGGGGGCUGCCGCUGGAUAAGGUCGGGGAGGUGGCGCACGAGGUGUUCUACACUGAGGUCUUCAGUGGCCGGCAGUUCAUUCAGCAGGGGCUGUCUGACGGUUUGCCGGACGUUGAUGCUGUGUUCUACUUCACUAGAAAGCCACCAACAGCGCCUUUUGAUCUGAGGUUUGAUGGGGAGGCCCCAAAGGUGGCCCUGCCACAGGGCAUGAUGGCACCAGUAAAUUCGUUCAACACAUUGUUCCACACACAAGCUUUCUGGGGGCUGAUGCUUCCAGUUUCAGUGAGCUCAAUGGCGGCAGAUGUGAUCCGUGGGUACUGGGCUCAGCGGAUCUUGUGGGAGAUUGGCGGGUAUGUGGCUUUCUAUCCACCAACCAUUUACAGGAAGGAUCAUGUGCAAGCGUACCCUUUCGCAGAGGAGAAGGAUCUGCAUGUGAAUGUUGGUAGGUUGAUCAAAUUCUUGAACGAGUGGAGGUCAAACAAGAGGACGCUAUUCGAGAGGAUUCUUGAUUUAAGCUAUGCCAUGGCUGAAGAGGGGUUCUGGAUGGAGCAGGAUGUGAGAUUGACAGCUGCUUGGCUGCAGGACCUGCUCGCAGUGGGGUAUCGGCAGCCUCGGCUCAUGUCCUUGGAGAUUGACAGGCAACGGGCAACCAUUGGAGAAGGUGACAUGAAAGAGUUUGUUCCCAAGAAGCUGCCAUCUGUGCAUCUUGGGGUUGAUGAGAUUGGCACAGUGAACUAUGAGAUUGGUAAUCUGAUUAAGUGGAGAAAGAACUUUGGAAAUGUGGUGCUGAUCAUGCAUGUUAGUGGGCCCGUGGACCGCACGGCUUUAGAGUGGAGGCUGCUAUAUGGACGGAUAUUCAAGACGGUUAUCAUUCUUGCAGAGCAGAGCAAUGUAGAGCUUGCUGUUGACCGCUGCGCUCUGUCACACGCAUACAAGUAUCUGCCCAAGGUGUUUGGAAGAUACAGUGGUGCUGAUGGAUUUCUCUUCCUCCAAGAUCACAUGAUUCUUAACUACUGGAACCUUCUGCAAGCUGACAAGGAAAAACUUUGGAUAACCAAUAAGAUUGCACAUUCUUGGGUUACUGUUCCAGUGGAGAGCAAUAAAGAGGAAUGGUUUGUAAAGCAAGGUGCCAUGGUUAAGCAGGUUGUUGGCAGUUCCCCUGUUCAUUUCCAGACCAAUUACAAAGAAAGCAUGGGAGAAGAUAAGAUCGUAUUUUGUGGCAGUGAACUGUUUUAUGUGCCCCGGCGGUUUGUUGAGGACUUUGGUGACCUUGUGGGUCUUGUCGGGGAUUUGGAUUUGCAUCAUAAGAUUGCGAUCCCAAUGUUCUUCUUGGCAAUGGACUUGCCUCAAAAUUUUGACUCAGAAGCUCUGGCUGGAACAGUUUUCAGGACCAACUUGGCAGCCAAUGAGACUUUCUCAAGUAUUUAUACGGCUCAGUCACCUGCCGUUUUCCCUGUGAAAGUGCAGAACGAGAUUGAUUUCAUAAAGGUGAUUCGGCUUAUGUCCAAAGGAGACCCUCUUCUGAUGGAGUUGGUAUAAAUAUAUACUCCUGAAGUUGAAAUGCAACAUAUCCUUGUGGCAAUGAGGACAGAGUAGGCAGCCAUAGUUUUGUGUUUUCAGGGGUUUCUCUGUUGUUGUAAUUUCAUUUAUUCUGUUUAUUCUGUAGCAGUUCAUUCCAAAGUUGUUGUAUAUUGUGUUGCAUCAAUAGUGACAAGAUUGCUGGGGAUCAGUUCGGUCCAGCUAUCUUACUGAAGGAAAGUAAGGAUAGCUUACUGAUGGAAAGGAAGGAUUCCUACGAGUUUACUGCGAAGAAGAGCUUCAACACGGUCAGCUGUUUUGCAAGAGUUUUGAUGGUUGGCUAUAGUACAGAUCCACACUUGAGUAUCUAUUGUACCCUUCAAAAUUGACAAAUGGAAACCAUACAUACUCUUUCAGAUGAACACAUUGUGCUUAGAUAAACAAGCUGUUACUUGGACAAUGUGCUUUUGAGAGUGCAUAAUUUAUGUCUA